CGAUUUGAGUUACGCUAUUCGUGUAACUCUUACGUAGCUUAGAUCGAAUUUCCCCUGUAGUAUAGACAAGGCCUCAAACCAGCAUCCAUUGCAUUCCCUGUGGAUGGGGCCCUUUCAUGAGGUGGAGAAAACUGGAGAGGCCUACAGGAAAGUCCAAAGGCAGGGAGGAGUAGCUAAUGGGAGGAGCAACCCUGGAAAGCUCUCGAGCCUCAGAGUUUCACUAAGUUUCAAUUUUCUGACCUUGUUGAUCUUAACACCUGCUAUUGCUAAGCUAGGUGAGCAGCUGACAGACGUGGCACAGACACAGGACUAGAGUUUUUACCAGACCUUCCCGCCGAUAACGAUGGGCCACAUUGUUGAAUGCAGCCACCUAAAGAGCAUCACAACUUCUGCACGUUCCCGUUGGUUACAUUCACAAAUCCCACUCCGGGGCCGGCAUGUGCUGCACUGGAGCUGGCAAGUCAGAGGAUUGUGCAUGCACAGCAGCAUUUACAGGUGCAAUUUUUGCUGGCUAGACACAAGUCCCUUAAUAUGCAAAAUGCCAAGAAGGCAGACAGGUCUCCAUUCUCAUUCUUAAUUGGCAGUCUUAACUGCAGUCAUCAAUUAUUAAACCCUCCUUUGUCCAAUAAUUCACGAUCUGCAGACUUUUGAGGUUCUAUUGUUCCCUUAAUCCUUUAAUAUAAAUACUGUAUGGAACUGGGAGGUUCCAGGGCAUAGUAUGUGGUGAUGUGGGAAUUGUUUGUGUGCUUCUUACAAUUUGUUAGACAAAGCAUUGUCUUGUAUAGAAAAUGAUCUAUGGGACACCUAAUAGAAUUUAGGUAAAGUUCUGUUGUGGGCAGGGGAAAAACUCACCUGAAGGCAUUAAACAAAGAAAUGCUCCAUGAUUUAUGUCCUUGCAGAAUAUAUUGGCCCUGGGCAAGAGUGUCUUAUAAUGAAUGUUUUGAAAUGAUAAACAUCUUGGUGUUAAACAAAUGAUAUUAUCAGACAGCUCCUGUUCAGGUAGAAUUCAUGCCCUGUGCAUUUUCCAGCGUUAACAUUUUGGAAACAGUAAUGACUGAGGCAGAAUGCUUGCCAAGUUUGAUACCUUUGGUUUUGUCCUUGCCACUUGGUUUUGGCUUGAAUACAAGAUCUGUUUGAUUGGUGACCCUGUUCAGCUGUGAAGGUCAUUACAAAAUUCAAAGCCUUAAUCAUAUGAAUAACCCUUACUCACGCAAAUAUUUCCACUGAAGUAACAAACUCAUUGUGACAUUGAGGUUUUGCAGGGAUCGGCCCCAGGAGUUGCAAAUGUCCCAGUUGUAUUCCCUCCCCCCAUCUUCCUGACUAUCUAAACCAGCCUAGAUUGGACUUUGUCUGUUCUAAAAGAUAUUCAUUAUUUUCUUUUAAUUUUUUUAGACCAGACUCUUUGUUGAUGGAAGUAUCUCAUACAGAAUUUAACUUUCUAAUAUUGGUAUCCCAUGCAUAUAAGACAUUCAUUCCAGACUGGACACACUGGUAAAUGUGUGCCGUUUAAGUUUUUUUGUGUAGGAAUUCAUAACUGCGUGAAGUAAUUUGCCUUGUAUUAGUCCUUGUCAAAUACAUACAGCAAAACCAAGUGUGGCUUUUCGACAUUCCCAUCCCAACCCAACAUGACCUGCUACUGUUUGAUGCUUAGUGCUGAAUACUACUUGCUUUCCUGGUGAUGAUGAGCAGAGCUGGGGCAAGCAUGAGUGAUAGUUUUCUUCUUGCUUUCCUUCACAAACCUCACUCAGCUGCCGUGUAUUUUCUAAAUAAUGUUAAAAUAACCCCUAGAAUGCUGUUCAGGACUAAGACUAGUGUGGAUGAUGGUAAAAUUUAACAAUGCUGUAUGUGUGAUGGUGGUGGGGAAUAAUCAACCUCUAAAUUUUGGAACAGUUAUGAUCGGUCAUCAAUGAAAUCAUUCCCCCGUGUUUUAAGACAGAAAAAAAUAGCAUCUGGUAAUGUCUCCUCUUACAUUGCAUACCUACGAGCAUAUUUGUUUACUGUGAAGUAUUCGGGAAAGAUCAGCUGAUUUUAGGCAAAAUAAGAACUAGUUCAAACCAAAUCCAGGGUGAAUGGAUUUUUGAGGGUCACAAAUUUCACUUUACUUUUCCCUCUGUGUUCUGGUCAGGACUAUCAGUGAAAGGUACCAGCAAACUCACCAGACAGAAACCUUAUGAGAACUAAGACAACCUUGCAAUUCAAAGAGGUGCAGCUUCGACUUCAUGAUGGAAAGCUCAUUAAGGACAGGCGCCACCACCUUCGAACGUACCCCAACUGCUUUGUUGCAAAGGAGCUUACAGACUGGCUGAUUGACCACAAGGAAGCACCAGACCGAGAGACGGGUAUCCGCCUAAUGCAGAAGCUAAUGGACCAUUACAUCAUCCAUCAUGUUUGUGAUGAACACUCGGACUACAAGGACGCCAAGUUGCUCUACCGUUUCCGCAAGGACGACGGGACCUUCCCUCUCAACAAGGAUGUAAAGGUGUUCCUGAGGGGGCAGAGCCUUUAUGAGACGCUGAUCAAUGUAGAAGACUCCAUACUGAAGGCGAGAGAGGAGAAUUCUGUGAAGUACCAGAGGACAUUCCUGGGCUGUGAAAUGAUUGACUGGCUCAUCCAGGAAGGGGAGACAGCAAACAGAAAGGAAGCUGUGGAGCUGGGCCGAGCGCUGCUGGAACAUGGGAUCAUUCAGCAUGUCUCCAGCAAGCACCACUUCUUUGACAGUAACCUGCUCUACCAGUUCCGGAUCAACUUCCGCCGGAGGCGACGGCUCACAGAACUGCUCAACGAGAACUCGCCCCGGGCUUUGUCAGAGAGUCCUGACAGCCCCUUCUGCCUCCGCAAGCUCAACCCGGAGCAAGGCAACUCCAGCUUCCUCUCAGUCCAGCCCAACAAGGAGAUCAAAAUAGUCUCAGCAGUUCGGAGGAGCAGCGUCACCUCUCUUGCCGGAAGUUCCAACCCCUAUUUCGCUCCGACGCCCAGCCUGGGAUUCCUGCCAGCAGCUGAAUGCAACCCCAAAUCAGUGCUAAAGAGGCCUGUCACCAAUGAGGAGCUCCUGUCCCCCGGGGCUCCAUACAUCAAGAAGACACUAACCAUUGUGGGGGAUGCUGUGGGCUGGGGGUUUGUGGUCCGUGGAGGGAGACCCUGCCAUAUCCAGGCUGUGGACCCAGGAGGACCGGCUGCUGCAGCAGGCAUGAAGGUGUGUCAGUUUGUUUUCUCUGUGAACGGAAUGUACGUUCUGCAUUUGGACUAUCCGACCAUCAGCAGCCUCAUCAUGACGGGACCGCGAACGCUUGUUCUGGAGGUCAUGGAAGCCAUUGAAUAAGUGAAGAAUCCUCUCCUCAUCACUGAUCCAAGAGGCGGGAUGCUUCAGCUACUAAGGGAUGGAGGGAUCAUUUACAUGAGUCUGCUAAAAUUAGGGGACGGACCAAACCUGGUGUCUCCUCCUAAGAGACUAGGCCUGAAAUGUAGCCUGACAUUUUGACUUGUCUUAAGUAAUUGGAAUCUGAUGGGGAAGGUCUCUUUGGCUCAGACAGGACUGAGGUAUUCGUGGCUCAGUGCCUAAUCCUGAGAGAUGAUGAGCACUCACAACUCCUUUUAGGUUAUGUCUACACUACUCACCGGAUCAGCAGGUAGUGAUCGAUCUACCAGGGAUCACUGUAUCGCGUCUCGUCUAGACGCGA